AUGGCGUUGACCUACUCACAAUGCCAAAAGAUUCGCGCCACAGUGCCGGCGCUCAACGCCCGCGGAGAAGAAAUCAUCGCAUCCUUCUACCAAAGCCUGCUGCGCGGCCACCCCGAGCUCCGGAGCUACUUCAACACGGCCAACCAGCUCAACAAGCUGCAGCCCAAGGCAAUGGCCUCGCUCAUCAUCCAGUUUGCCAACAACGUGAGCCACAUAUACGAGCUGAUACCCAAAAUGGAGCGCAUCUGCCAGAAGCACUGCUCCGUGGGCGUGCAGCCCCAUCACUACAAAAUCAUGGGCGCCUACCUCCUCGAGGCCUUCACGGGCAUCCUGGACCCGUCCAUGACGCCAGACGCCAAAAUGGCCUGGAACAACGCCUACUGGAUGCUGGCAAACAUGUUCAUCGCCCGGGAGAAGCAGCUGUACAAGACGUUUGGGCCGUGGACCGACUGGCGGCCCUUUGACAUUGCGGACCGCGUCCACGACGGCGAAAACGUCGUCUCCUUCUACCUCAAGCCCCGGGACAAGAAGCCGCUGCCGCCCUUCAUGCCGGGCCAGUACGUCUCCAUCCGCGUCGCCGUCCCGGGCAAGGAGCACAAGCAGAUCCGGCAGUACGCGCUGAGCGAGGCGCCCAACCCGGACUACUACCGCAUCACGGUGCAGAGGAACCGGGGCGCCGCCGCCGCCGCCGACGACGACGAGCAGCACCAGUCAGCCUGUCCGUACGCAAGCCCGCCCGGCGCCGUGUCAAACCACCUCAUCGACAGCGCCGUCGCCGGCGACACGCUCGAGCUGUCCCACCCGGCAGGGCACAUCUUCCUCGACACCAAGAACCUGUCCAACGCGCCGCUGGUCCUCUUCUCCACGGGCAUCGGCGCCACGCCCAUGCUGUCGAUACUCAACUUCACCGCCAAGGAGCAGCCCGCCAGGCCCGUCUCGUGGAUCAACGCGUCCCAGGGCGCCAUGCCGUUCCAGGCGCGCGUCGACUCGCUGGCCGCCCGGAGGAGGAACCUGAGGAACACGACCCUCGGCAUCGCCCACGACGGGCACGCGUCGGCCGACUGCGACGGGCAGGACGACGCCCGGCUCGACUUGGUUUCUCUGCGGCCCGACGACUUGUUCCUCCGCAACGAGUGCACAGAGUACUUUGUCUGCGGGGCGGAGAAUAUCACGGUGCAGUUUGUAGAGUUUUUGGAGAGGCACGGCAUCGACAGGGCGCGGAUCCAUUGCGAGCUGCAAACAGUAGCAAGGUACUAA